AUGUCUUCCGCAGUCGUCCACAGCGAUGAUCUCGACAUGGAGCCUACCCUCCAGUCGAUCCUCAACCAAAAGACUCUUCGCUGGAUCUUUGUCGGCGGAAAAGGUGGUGUCGGCAAGACCACCACGUCGUGUUCACUCGCCAUUCAGCUGGCCAAAGUCCGCAAAUCCGUGCUGCUCAUCUCGACAGAUCCAGCCCACAACCUGAGUGACGCCUUUGGCCAAAAGUUUGGAAAGGAGGCCCGCCUGGUCGAUGGGUACACCAACUUGAGUGCCAUGGAGAUCGACCCCAACGGCAGUAUUCAGGAUCUCCUGGCCAAUGGAGAUGGUCAGGGGGAGGAUCCUCUGGCAGGGUUGGGCAUGGGCAAUAUGAUGCAAGACUUGGCUUUUAGUAUUCCUGGUGUAGACGAAGCUAUGUCCUUUGCCGAAGUCCUGAAGCAGGUGAAAUCGCUCUCCUACGAAACCAUUGUGUUCGAUACCGCCCCGACCGGCCACACGCUGCGCUUCUUGCAGUUCCCCACCGUCCUCGAGAAGGCUCUGGCCAAGCUCUCCCAGCUGUCCUCCCAAUUCGGCCCGAUGUUGAACUCCAUCCUGGGUGCCCGCGGUGGUCUGCCUGGCGGCCAGAACAUGGACGAGCUCCUGCAGAAGAUGGAGUCACUCCGCGAGACCAUCAGUGAAGUCAACUCCCAAUUCAAGGACCCAGAUAUGACCACCUUUGUCUGUGUCUGCAUUGCCGAGUUCCUGUCGCUGUACGAGACGGAGCGCAUGAUUCAGGAACUCACCAGCUACGGCAUUGAUACCCACUCCAUCGUUGUGAACCAGCUGCUGUUCCCCAAGGACGGGAGCAACUGCGACCAAUGUAAUGCGCGCCGAAAGAUGCAGAAGAAGUAUCUGGAACAGAUCGAAGAGCUGUACGAGGACUUUAAUGUGGUGCGCAUGCCUCUUCUGACGGAAGAGGUUCGUGGGAAGGAAAAGCUUGAGAAGUGA